UGUUCUUCAGAAGGCUUACAAAAGGCAGAUCCAAGUUAUUUUCAGUCUUUACUAUGUCUCACCUUGGUAACCUGCUGCAACCUACUGGGACCUGGGGGUUGAUGAGCUGGUGUUUAACAACGAAAAUCAGCUCGUCCUACAGGAAUCCCAAAUGAUGGCAGAUCACGGAGAACCCUGCACUGCCUUGCAGGCCUCAUACUGCAUGAAUGGUGGAACAUGCUACCAAAUACCUUUAAUGGAGGCACUCUCCUGUGUGUGCAGUUCAAGCUACAUCGGCAGCAGGUGUGAGCAGUUUCAGCUCCAGAGCACAUCCGUCAACGGGGGGCAUGCGGGUCUGAUCACAGCCGUGGUGAUCGUCACUCUUCUCGUCUUAACAGUCGUGGCCUUCGUCCUCUACUACGCAUGCAAGACGUGGAAAACCAAAACAGACAGCUCACGGAGCGGCCGACAACAGUACUGGAGGGUGAAGUCUAGAGUAUGACCCUAUACUGUAUUUAUGCACAGUACCCCAUUUUACCGUGGACUUAAGAGUGGUUUCUCUGAGGGACCGCAAGCUGCCUUGGAAGUGGAUGUGAAGGGGUGAUUAGAAGAGCGAACACAGUUCAUACAGGCCAUAUUGUAUUCACCGAUCCUCCCUGCAUUAAUUAAGGCUGGUGAUGAUCUAUCUGGAUAAGUUAUAAUGACCGCUGCACCAAGGAUAUAUGUACGUAUAUAUAGCCUCAAAUUAUGUCGAUUUAAUGCAAUUUGACAAAGUAGUUUGUCACUACACAGACCUACAUGCUUUUACCCAGUGUAAAGCGUAAAUGAGCAAUUAAAUUGCCAUUUAACGUUAUAGCGUGAUGAAUGUGGAUGGGAAGUUAAUGUUACCUUUAUACAAUUAACUUUUUUAGACAUAUAUUAAUAUUAGACUGAUGUAUUAAGACGUUUUUAUUUUUUAUUUGACUAUUAUGAAAAGUAAAUUAUAUGUAAAUAUUAAAGAGCAUAUUAAAUAAUAUUCAACACAGA